CAAUGGCGUGACCCAUGACAUCAAUCAAUGAACUUUGUGCUUCGACGAUGAUCGUUGGUCUUGACUUGUCGGACAAUAACAUAACAAUGUCAAAAGCUGUGAUUUCUCUCCUCGUAAACAACCCUGGAUUAAUAAUAUUUUGACUGAAGUGCCAAGGGCAGUCGAUAUAUAAGUCCAGUAGACCUCAGAGGUCGAUUUUGGAAAGUAUGAAAUCGGAAGACGACGAGGCAGGGUGGCGACAACCGUCGGAAAACGACAACAAACCCUCGGCGGAUGACAUCAACAUGGCGGCGGCCGUAGCUUCGUUGCAAAGGGAGCACUUGGAGUACCGCAAUACGAGUAACAAGAGCGAGGGUGGUGGGCAGUCUGCAGGCCUCUCGGCGGGGUCGAGGCGGCAGUCAACGGGCGACAUCCCUUAUGAGGACCUGCCCAGGGCGCUUAUCGCCACAAACAUCCCAGAGGUUGUUUUCACUGAUGCAGCAAAGAAGAAAGCUUUUGAGGACCUGUUCUGUGCUUUUGGAGAGAACGUCCACUUUGUCUACCUGCCCAGUUUUCGGCGAGUGCGAGUGGGCUACGAGAAUCCCGAGCAGGUUGUACGGGCCCGAAUCGGAAUGCAUCAACGAGAGAUAUGCGGGCAGCCCAUCAAGUUGUUCUUUCUACAGCCAGUGAAAUUCAACAACAGUAGCUCGACGCUGGAACUCCCGGAGCCCACGAAGCAGUAUCUCCUCUCGCCGCCGGCGUCGCCCCCGGUGGGAUGGGAACCAGUCAAGGAAUCGGAGCCAGUCAUAGACUAUGAUGUCCUGGCGGCGUUAGCAAACCUUGCGCCUGGACAAGUCCAUGAACUGCACGCCCCUGACGACAACAAGCCCGGCAUCUUCGUCCUCCCCUGCGAAGACCCGCCCCAGAAGGGACCCAAGAUGAAAAUUCAGCACACUAGGAGGCCGGAGCCCAGCUAGUCAGCCACCCUGCCCCCCAGCCUACUUGGCAAUGUCAGGUUUUAAUUGUUCGUUUCCGAUAACACAGAACCCCCCCUUCCAGCACUGGAUAACACCCCUUGCCCUCUUAGCUGACAACAAACUCAUGAAGGCUCAUCCGAUUUUUGGCGUCAUUUUUGGGAGCACACAAAACAUGCUCUUUUCCCUCAACACCUGAGGGCCGAUCACCAUUGUUGAAAAAGCAUACGCUGCCUGUUAACUUCGGCAUACAUUUUUGUACGCUUUGUAAAAUGACAGGGAAAACAUGGCUACGGAUGUGCACUCGGAUAAAUUUGCCACACGCGUUGAUAAACACAUAAGAGGUAGAGAUGAGGAUUGUUUUAAUGAAUUAUCUGGACAGAAAAAACUAAAUCAUUCUUUUUUUUUCCUGCCAAGAAAGUACCCCCUUUUGGCUGCGAUGGCAUCAGCUAAAAUAGUGACAUGCCUCCUGGAAAUCUGGUCGAAAAUGUGCAAUACUUGUCUCCAAGCAGCAAAUAAUUUUGCUUCAAAGGGGUACUUCUUGUGAGUGGAGCUUCAGGAAUAUUUUUCUGAUCGCAGUUCCUGUUAAUUUACAAGAAUACUUCUCUGUUUCAACUCCAACAGAGAUGACGUUACAACUGCAUGACCACAAGGGCUGGACUAUCGCAAACAAAAAUUGAGUUUGUAACCAUGAAAUUUUCAUGCUGAGAUGCAAAUAUCGGUGCGACUUUUACGUUGCUGAAGUCAUCCUCUGAGAAAUUGAUUUCAGAGUAAAAAAUCACAUGGUUCCUAACACUACCAGACUAGAAUUGUAUUCUUUUCGCAUCAUGCCUCGUUAACACCCAUCUCCAUCCGUCCUUAGCCAACAUACCUUUCAUGGAUUGCUUACCCUUUUUUUUUGUCUAAUAAUCACAACCUGAAAUAAAAAUGUGACCGAAAAAUGUCUUGUUUAAAUGCAUCAUGUAAUUAUUUGAAGUCAUAAAGCAAAAUGCGGAAGAGAAAUCUUUGUUUUGGGGUUUUUUUUUCUAAAUAUUGGUGUUUAUAAAUUCACAGUGUUGUUAUUAUUUGGGGUCACUGUGGUCGUGUGUAGAUUGAGGAUUUUCUUCAUCUUGAAAUAUUCUCAUCUCAUUCCCUCCAAGUCUGUGCCAUAUUUUAAUCAUCUACUCUCCAGUGUGUCUGUCGGCUGCCAUAUUAUUUUUGAUAUUCAUAAUUUGUACAGUUUGGUUUGUCUGUGACUGUUGAACAGAGUUGCGUAACUAGAACUGGUGACAAAUGUGCUUCAGAGUUUCAGUAAUUUAGGUUUUACUGUCUUGUGAGAAAGCCAUGUGUUGUACCUCAAGGGCUUGAAAACAAAUCUGUGUACAGAAGGGAUAAACAUUUUGUUGUUAUUUUCACUGCAAAGUUUUCAUAUCACAACCGAGAUUUUGUGAGUUCUGGCACUGUAUUCCAUAGGCUGUGACGGAAUUUAUCAUUUUUGAGAGGUACUAUUUAUUUUAUCUAGGCAUUACAAUUAGUACUUAAAUUCAGGAUGUGAAGCAGCGUGAUUUGAGAUUUUGGUCUGACGAUAAGUGUCAGAGAUACUGUAGUGUAUCUGUCAAAACAAAAGAUGUGGGAUGCUUUAUUCACCCAAAAAUGCCAUUUCCAUGGCAUGAGGGCGUGAGUGAGUACGUUCAUGGGCCCCCAGGGGACACUGUUGCUAGGUAGCAGAGCGCCCUCUUUAUCCAUGCUCAUAGCCAAUACACAUACUUAUAAUGCUACUCAGCUGCCGUGUCACGUAAAACAAAUACCCAGAUGGUACUUCUGUUUACAUGUAGAUAAUUCUCGCACGUUUUUAAACAAAUUGAAAGACCAAAUUGAUAGUUGACUCACAUUUACUGAAUGUUUUUCUACAUUGGUGUGAUUUCUGUGCAUUGGACAUUUUCUUCAUGGAAAUGGGCACUUUUGUCUGUCCCUCAAAACAUGUUAUUGUUUACUUGUUCUCUCUUAUCCUGUAAACCGAGACAGGGGCUCCACUUUUAAAAGGGUUAUUUUGUACUUAUUUUUAUGAUACAAAACAAAGUGUGGGUGAAUUUUGUCCUAUCACCUGAUCACCAAACACAGGAGCACAGUGCUGUAUACCAUGGUUCAUAAAUGGUUUAUGGCACAUUGGACACACUUUCUUGCAGGGAGAUGUUGAUUUUAAUGCGAGGUUGGGUUGACGUGUCAACUGACAACACGGCAUAGCCACCCUGACCAGAAGAACCCCCUCAACGUCAGAGAUGAGACGGGCUGGCAGGGAAAGAUUUCUGCCUGGCACACAACGUGCACACAAAGCAAUACAUUUCAACAGAAAGUGGUUGCAUGCGCACAGCAUAGCCCCACACCAAAGGGAUGUCGUUCCUGUGCCAUCUCACUCCUGUGCGGAGCAGAUAUGGUGCUUUUGAAUUAGGCCGAUGGAGAACACAACUCCAUCCAACCAGUUGUCAGUACACAUCAUUUCAGUGUGUUGGAAGGUUGAUAUUUUUUUGUGCUGAUGAGAUAUUCGAGUAUACAGAAACCUCAUGGGAUUUCACCCUUCACCUGAGCUUGCAUGCCCAUGGUUAUUCACACGAUAUCGUGCAACCUGUAUAAAAGUCAUCAUUCUGGUUCUGGGAAUUUUUUUUUUUUUGGAAGCAGGAAACAACAAAAGUUUUGACCAGCCUCAACAGUCCAAGGUCAUGACCAUGCCUUUAAGCAGAAAAUAAUGCUAAGUGAAACUUAUGUACACAUGUAGUAAGCAAAAAUCAGCUGGGUGGCAUUGACCCUGGAUGGCAUUUUGGUUGGUCUCUUGUUUUCUUGCUAAGCAUAUUUUCUUUGCGCAUGCUCAGCUCAGUGCGGAGCUUUACUGCAGAAAAUACAGCUUGGCAUAUUUACACGCUAAGUUAAAAAUUGACAACUGGACCGUAGCAGUGCAAAUUUGGACAUUUUGGCCGGUGGCCCUUGUUAGCUGGUAACCUUUUUGCGAAGUAAAGCUAUCCUGUAAUUUUUGCAGCCUAGAGAUUUUGGCCUGAGAUGUAAAAACUAGCAAAUCACUCAUCCACAGCCCCGUACCUUUUGACAAGAACAAGUCAAUUUCCAAGCAGUAUCUUUCUUCACGUGUGUGUAUACUGUGGUAAAAGUAACUAAGAGGAAGACAUCGUCAUUGAGUUGCACAGCUCAGUAGAAAUAAUCAUCAAACACUGCUGAAAUAACCGUGUUGUUGAUGGGAGCAUCUGCAUGAACAGUAAUAUGACAUCACUGUUGCGUGAGUCUUGGCACCAGACCGUGUGUAGACAGCAUUUUGAAGGGGGAGGGGGCUAAAAGGUCAGCACAGGGUCAAAUAAAACACCUGCCAAGUCAUAUGGCCUGUAGUGGGUAUCAAACAUAAAAAAACAUGGCAUCCUGCCAUAGCAAAGUGUGUUUUGAGUGUUGUUUUGAGUGUUGUCGGUUUUGUACUCAGCACAUUAGAAGUCUGAGUAAGUUAGAGACCGUCUUUAGUUCUGGUAAAUAGCACUUAAGACACCCAUUGCUAUGGGAUUACAUCAUGUUUGUUGAUGUUUGAUACCCACUAUCGGUCUCGUGGCUUUUGUGCUUGCAAUCGGUCAAUAGGAGAAUCUGUGGAAUCUGCGAAAGGAAUUAUUAAAACUUGACAGCGGAACAAACUGGAGAAGUUUGGCCGUAGGAUUAGAUUUCACGUCUUAAAUCAACUUUAAAUUUAGGCACCUGUUUGAUUUUCAAACCACUUGACGUUUUAAAGAAUGUGGGUUAUCAUUUUUGAAAGCAAUGAUUGUACAUGUGAUUUAUUUAUUAUUUAUAUAUAAUAUGAUAAUGUACCGAAUAAACUGUCAUGUAAAUGUUAA